UUUACAACAACCGAUGGGUCGUUGUACUAGCGGCGGAUCUAGUGUAAAAAUCGGGGAUCAUCAAUUACAAGCAGGGGCCGGAGCGGGACACUUGGCUGCAACCGGGACAAUCAAUACUGGGCCGCCAGCAACAGCAGCGGUCGCACCCUCCAACCUGAACUUGAAUCUGUUCAGCCCACCGAUAUUAAACGGGACAAGCAAUCCUGUGAGCCACGGCAUUGCUACGAAUGGGACUCCGAUGAAUUCCUCGGAAAUAAGUAGGAGCAACAUCGCCCGAGAACCUCCGCAAGGUGCC